CCUCCUCGCCGCCCACGGGGAGGGAGUUUCACAGCAACGUCUGCGUGUGAUCCAUCAACCCUCUGGUGAUGUGUGAACCCAGAGAGCCGAGUUCUGUAACGAGGUCUCGGAGCGGAAUCCGCACGCGCAACGCCGAGCGAAACGCUGUUCCAGGCAAAGGAGAAAGGGUCGGGCCUGUGUGCUACGUGAAGCCUCGUUGUCGCCUGGUGGGGCUGCCGCCUGGGACGCAGGGGAACCCCGUGGCCCGGGCCUGCGGGGAUCCGAGCGAAUGCGGCUUCUCUACGUGACAGGGAUACACCAGGGCACGGCGGGGAGUCGUGAGGAUCCACGAUGUUCAAGAAAGAGUUCCAGGGAGGGGAAAGCGUGGAGGUGUUCAGUGCCCAGGGCAAAGACCCCACUGCACGAUGGCACCUACAUGGGGGCCCCAGCUGCAUCCAAAAGGUCUUCGCGCGCGACGUGCGGGGGUUCGUGUACACGCUGGAGGGCAGCCCCCAGAUGACUCGCAUGCAGCUCCCUAAGGACUCCCACCAGCAGCUGAGUCUCCUACAGCCGUACCUCGCCGUGCAGCUAAACCAGGCGGCGGGCAGUGAUUGCUCCCUCGAGCUGCUUGUGCAGGACCUGGGCGCCACGCGCAGGAGGCUCUACCUGUCCACGGCCCAGCGGGAGGUGGCAGGGACACAGCUGCAUGCUCGCCUGCCCCUCGCCUCACUUCCCCGCAGCGUGUGGUGUGUGCUGGUGCUGGACCUGGCCUCGCUGAGCUCCCUCGCCUUUCCGGGCAGCACCUUCAGCUCUCUCGAGGGAGUUGCCAUCUCCGCCAGCUGCCGCCUGCGGAAGAUCCUCACCCUCAAGACGGCACCCUUAGAUGGGUUCCCGUCUCCUCGUGCCUUCCAGCUGCCGCCCGACGUCGCUCAGGUGACGCACCUGCUGGACGCCACCGCCUUCCGCCCGCAGGACGCCGGCCCUGGCGACCAGCUCGCCGGGGCCUCCGCAUCUCGGGCGGGCAGUGCCCGCGGGGCCCCCCCGGAGUCGCACAUCGCCUUCGGGUCCCGCAUGCCGGGCCGCGCUCCACCCUCCGGCAGACAGGCAAUCUCAGCCAGGGCCCGGGAGCCCAACACCGCUGCUACUCACAGGCAGGCAGAGGACCAGGCCAAGGAGCCGUGCCCCCCUCUCAGACCCUCGCCCGGCCGGCGUGCCCCCCUUGUGGCCAGCCCCGCCAGGCGGGCCCAGGGCUCACCGCACCAGCCCCGGCCACCGCAGCGGGAACCGUCGGGCGAGCGCGCAGGCUGCGGUGGAAGAAGUGGCAGCAGCAGCAGCAGACGGAACCGGAUCGAGGGUGCAGAUCCGGAUCGCAUUCGCCUGCAGGGGAACUCCCCCGCGGUCACAUCGCUCGUGACGAGGUCACCUGUGAUGCGGUCACCCGAGAUGUCACCUGUGAUGCGUUCGCCUGACAUGUCACCUGUCCGGGAGAUGUUGAGAAUCAGCAUACCGGUGUCAACUCCAUCGCAGAGCACAGACGGGUGGAAGUUUCCCAAGCAUUUGGGCGACGAUCUGGACUUCCAUUGGGGCAGGAGGCCCCUCCCGCGCCCGACCCCCGACCCCCUGCUGCACCUGAAUCUGGGCGGCCUGGACAGUGAUGGGGGCAGCUAUGAGGGGAAUGAAUUUGAAGGUGACGCAGGAGGAGGUGACACGGAGAAUGACGCAGUCGGUGUCAUGGUAGGUGACACGGGGAGUGACGAUGAAAACCACGCAUCACUGGGGCCCGACUCGGAGAGGGAAGGAGGGGCGCUUUUGGACCCUAAAGAUGGGGGUUCCACGAUGACCAAAAUGUUCACCUUUUCGUCCGUCCCGCGUGCGGUGUGGGAGCGAGGAGGCUGCUCCCCCUCCACGUCCCCCGCUCCCUCCCCCUCCUCCUCAUCGGGGCCCCCCGGUCUGGGGCACCACUUCGGAGCCUCCCCCCUCAGAGCCGGGGCACGGCUUCCUGCCCCACCCACCGUGGCUCCCACGCCCAGCAGCGGACUGCCCAGUCCCAGUCAAGGCCUGCCUUCAACAGCCCUGCCCUCAACAGGACUUCCCUCAACAGGCCUUCCCUCUACAGCCCUGCCCUCAGCUAAUGCCAAUGCCAGCACGAAUGGAGCCGGGGAGAUGGGGGCAGAGGGCCCAGGAACCGGCGGGAGGAGCGGGGACCCGGGCUGGACCGCGCGCAUCACACGCCGCUCCCUCCGGGAGGUGACGACGCCCAGAGCAACAACGAACAGGAACGGUGCCGUUCCACCGUCCUGGGAACCGGGCACAGCGGGGGUCCACAGGGCCCCCCUGGGCCCCCCAGACUCGCUGGAGGCCAGCGUGCUCGCCAGCCUCCACCGGCAGCAGUUGGCGGAGGCGCGGGGCGAGUGGGGGGGCGGCAGCGCCAGGGGCCCCCCGGUGGGGCACGAACGCGCCCUCAUGAGUUUCGGCAGCGACAGCGAGAGGAGCCUGAGCAGCGACGACGCCGGGAGCUGUGUCCUCAUGGGCCCGGGGACCCCAGUGGGCUCGCGGUAUCAGCAGGAGAUGCAGCUGCUGCUAUCGCGACGGACGGGCGAUGAGGAGGACCUGGCUCAGUCCUCCACGCGGGGGUACAGCCCCCCCAUCAUCCUGCCCAGUGAGAGGAUGCAGUUCACAGUCCGCGACAGCGUCCAUAGCAGCCAAGACGCCGCCCCCGCUGGUGAGGAGGACAUGCUGGAGCUGCUGUACGACCCGUGCCUCGACUGCUACUUUGACCCCGUCAGCGGGAAGUACUACCAGCUCCGCGACUGACGGGCCCUGGCUGGCCUCACACAGGACCCACC